GUGUGUGAUGAAGAAAUAUGUUUAGUAGUGCUAAGAAAGGUAAAAGGAUAAGUUGAGACUUCAGAGAGUCAAACGUUGUUUCUUGCUCUGAGAAUCCAUGGCUGCGGCGGCAGAAGGACAAGGCGGCGUGAAGGUCCCGAGAAUCAAGCUGGGCUCGCAGGGCCUGGAAGUGUCGGCACAGGGCCUGGGCUGCAUGUCAAUGUCCGCCUUCUACGGCCCACCCAAGCCCGAACCCGACAUGAUCGGCCUCAUCCACCACGCCGUCAACUCCGGCGUCACCUUCCUCGACACCGCCGACAUGUAUGGCCCACACACCAACGAGAUUCUGCUUGGCAAGGCGUUGAAGGGUGGAGUAAGAGAAAAGGUUGAGUUGGCAACAAAGUUUGGAAUUAUUUUUAAAGAUGGAGUGGGUGAGAUUUGUGGAGACCCAGCCUAUGUGCGGGCUGCAUGCGAGGCUAGCUUGAAGCGUCUUGAUGUGGAUUGCAUUGACCUAUACUAUCAACACCGCAUAGAUACACGUUUGCCCAUCGAAGUCACGAUGGAAGAACUUAAGAAGCUAGUUGGAGAGGGUAAAAUAAAAUACAUAGGUCUAUCUGAGGCUUCAGCAUCGACGAUCAGAAGAGCGCAUGCCGUUCAUCCAAUAACAGCAGUGCAGUUGGAGUGGUCUUUGUGGUCAAGGGAUGUUGAGGAAGACAUAAUUCCUAUUUGCAGAGAACUUGGAAUUGGAAUUGUUGCUUACAGUCCUUUGGGAAGGGGCUUUUUAUCAUCUGGUCCAAAGCUGCUUGAGAAUGUCUCAAAUGAAGACUACCGAAAGCGUCUGCCGAGGUUUCAAGCUGAAAAUGUGGAGCAGAACAAGAAGCUGUACGAAAGGAUUGUUGAGAUUGCUGCAAAGAAAGAGUGUACUCCUUCGCAGCUAGCAUUAGCUUGGGUGCACCACCAGGGAAACGACGUGUGCCCCAUUCCUGGCACCACUAAGCUUGACAACUUUAACCAGAACAUCGGCGCAUUGGCCGUGAAGUUGACACCAGAAGACAUGGCCGAGCUUGAAAAGAUAGGUACGGCUGAUUUAGUCAAGGGUGAUCGGUAUGCGCCGGGUGUGAGAACAUGGAAGGACUCAGACACUCCACCUUUGUCCACAUGGAAAGCCGCUUGAUCGCAUUGCUUUCAUGCAGUCGUCUAGACUCUAGCCAUUUUAUAAUGUUGAAUGGAAGGGAACUCAAACAUGAACUCCCUAUUUGAUUUCAGUGUUUUCUUUUGUGAAUAAGAACCUUGUAAGUACUGAAUAACUACUUGUAUGUCUUCUUCUUCUUCAUGUGGUGUAUGAUAGAUUUUGUAAUAAACUACUUGAUGGAAUAUUCAAGUAAUGUAUGGGCGACUGGCAGAUUGCUCAAUUCAUGUGUUAAAUCACACGAACUCUCUUUAUGUGUCCC